GAGGGAAGGCGAAAAUGGCGGCGAUACAGGGGUUUCCCGUCUCGAUGCCUUUUGGUUACGGCGGCGCCGCGGAGCCUCCGGUCGGUGCACAGCAGCCGGGGGCCGUUGAGCGAACCAAGGAUGAGGCGACAGAAGCCGAGAAGUUGAGUAAAAUGAACUCUUUGCUGGAAAAGCUGCAUGCGAAGUAUGGUCAGACAAGACCCUGGUCUGAGACAGCAAAACUCGUGCGACAAGCUAUGGAGAAACGAAGUAUAAUGAACACAGGAGGCCACCAGCAUCUUAUUGCCUGUUUGGAGACCCUGCAGAAAGCACUUAAAGUAAUGUCUUUGCCUGCAAUGACGGACCGUCUAGAGUCGAUUGCCAGACAAAACAGCCUUUGUUCACACCUGAGUCCUUCAGGCACUGAAUGCUACAUCACGUCAGACAUGUUCUAUGUAGAGGUGCUACUGGAUCCAACAGGACAAGUCUGUGAUGUCAAGGUGGCACACCAUGGAGAAAAUCCUGUGAGCUGCCAGGAGCUGGUGCAGUAUCUGAGAGAGAAGAAUUUCUUGGAGUUCUCAAAACACCUUAAAGGCCUUGUCAACUUAUAUAAGCUCCCUGGAGACAAUAAGCUGAAAACUAAGAUGUAUUUGGCUCUGCAGUCCCUAGAACUCGAUCUUUCAAAGAUGGCGCACAUGUUCAGAUUAGCCACCAAUGCAAGUAACCUUGAUACAAUACUCCAAGGAAGCGUUGGCUAUCUUACACCAAGAAGUGGCGGACACUUAAUGAAUUUGAAGUAUUACGUCUCUCCGUACGACCUGUUUGAAGAUGGAACUGGUAAACUUACGAACCUGAACGAAAAUAAUGUUCCACGAUCCUUGGGCAUGAAUGUGUUUGUGACGAUUGAGGGCCCCACAGGGAUGUGCAAACUGCCUAUCGCUCCCCUGAUCACAGGCUCCCAUCCCACAGACAACAAAGGCACACCUUCCUUCUCUUCUGUGACUAACGCCAACAGUGUGGACCUGCCAGCCUGCUUCUUCCUAAAGUUUCCACAGCCAAUUCCUGUGUCAGCUUUUUGCAUUCAGAAACUUCAGAGCUAUUUAGGUGUCACUCUCUUUGAUCCUCCUACCACUCUAGUUCCACUUUAUGAAUUAAUCACACAAUUUGUACUUUCGGGGAAGGAUGACAGUUCUUCAACUUUGAAACACAACAUGCGCUUUUAUGCUUCUUUGCCAGGCCAACAACAUUGCUAUUUUCUGAACAAGGAUGCCCCAAUCCACAAUGGGAGGUGUUUACAAGGUGCAAUGCUUCAGAAAAUUCCUUUCAGGCACCCAGCUCAAGUGCCUCGGAUCUUGGAAUUUAUCCGGCACCAAGUGGCGUACAACACUCUUAUUGGGAGCUGUGUGAAAAGGACCGUGCUGAAGGAAGAUUUGCCUGGCCGUUUGCAGUUUGAAGUGUGCCCGCUGACUGACACCAGGUUCAGCCUCUCCUUCCAGCAUCCUGUCAAUGACUCCCUUGUGUGUGUUGUGAUGGAUGUACUGGACUCCAGGCAAGUUAGCUGUAAGCUAUAUAAAGGACUUUCAGAUGCCCUCAUCUGCACUGAUGACUUCAUUACCAGAGUGGUGCAGAGAUGUAUGUCCAUCCCAGUGACUAUGCGAGCCAUCCGCCGCAAGGCUGAGACCAUCCAAGCAGACACCCCAGCUUUGCCACUCAUUGCCGAAACAGUGGAGGAUAUGCUGAAGCGAAACCCGCCUCCUCCCAGCAGUCCAGGCUACAGCACACAGCUGGGUAACAACCCACCAAGCGGCACCACCACGCCAACCAACACCUUUCCUGGGCCUAUCUCCACUAUCUUCAACUUACAGGGCAUGAAGGAGAGGCACGAAUCUGGACAUGGGGACGACUCCUUUAAGGUCAACCAGAACCCAAUCCUGACUAGUUUACUUCAGAUCACGGGGAGCGUAGGCUCUUCCAUUGGUUCGAGUCCUACCCCACCCGGCCACACUCCCCCGCCGGUUUCUUCCCCUGCAAGUAAUACCAAGAACCACCCCAUGCUGAUGAAUCUGCUCAAGGACAACCCAAGCCAAGAUUUCUCCACGCUGUAUGGCAGCAGCCCCCUGGAGAGGCAGAACUCUUCCUCCAGCUCACCUAGAAUUGAUGUCGCUUCGGGCAGCACAAAGCAGAAGAAGAAGAGGACACGGUCACAGACAGAUAAACCCAAGCAACCUCAGACUGAGGAGGACUUUCAGAGAGAGCUCAUCUCCAUGGACUUCGAUGCCCCUAACAGUGUCUUUGAUGUGAACCUGGCUGGAGAUACUUUGGACACCCCACAUAUUACCCCUGCCCCCAGUCAGUGUAACACUCCUCCUACGACAUACCCUCCAACUGUGGUGCAUUCCCAGCAAUCCGGCGCACAGAGAAUGGUACGCCUCUCCAGCACGGACAGUAUUGGAGCUGAUGUUACAGAGAUUCUGUCAGAUAUAGCGGAGCAAACUACUAAGCUGGCUGCCUCUGUGGAUGACUGUCAGUCCAUUGGGACCCCUGUCCGUGAUUCUGCGGUCAACAGUACGUUUGAUGCAGAUGUCUUCCAGGCUGGAAGCAAUGAGAAUGCGUACACUGACCCUGCAGAUUUAAUAGCGGACGCCACUGCCACUCCAAAUAGUGACUCAUCAAACCAGUUUUUUCCUGAUGGAGUAGAUUUUUUAUUGGAAAAUCAAGGUGGGAACAAUUUUGUGAGCAGUUAUUUUGACGAGAACAGCCAAAGUGGUGAUAUGGAUGAGAUGAAAAGUUUCCCCUCACAGGGGUCUGCCUCAAUGAAUGUGCAGGCAAUGAGCAGUGACACAGGAGAACGUUCCAAAGGGAGCAGCCACACUGACAUGGUUGAUUUUAGUAUGUUUACAAACAGCACUAAAUCAUUAGGAUCAUCGGAGGGGAUGGAACACUCGGGGAAUCAGAGCCCUUUACUGAGCACAGUGGAGGUUGCGAAAAUGGACAAGUCCCAGAAACAGCGAUCCAGCAAGGAAGGAAAUGGCGGAGGGAGCAGCAGUUUGUCUGGAAUGGCCAUUGACAGUAAACCCGGGAAGCGUACUCGGACUCCGUCAAGUGAUGGGAAGAACAAAGAAAAGCCUCCAAAGCGCAAGAAAACAGACUCUGAAAGCAAGUCUCCAUCUCACAGCGUGUCGGGUCGUCCCUUCACACCCCCUGCCAGCACCUCUGGCUCCAAGUCCCCCGGGAGCUCCGGGCGGUCGCAGACUCCACCCAGUGUGGCCACGCCCCCCAUCCCCAAAAUUACAAUUCAGAUUCGCAAGGAGAUUGUCGGCAAGUCGUCUUCGCACAGUCAGUUCGGGUCUGGCCCCUCAUCCAGCAGUAAAAGUCAUCACUCCCAUUCCUCCAAUUCCUCUUCAAGCAAGUUGAAAAGCAGCAAGUCUGAGAGCUCUUGCAGCUCAAAAAUGAGCAGCAGUAGCCUGUAUCCAGGGCAAGGUAGUACCAGUUCUAGUCAGUCCAAGAGCUCCUUGCAGUCCAUGGGAAAGCCCAGCUCUUCUCCGGUCACCAAGCAUGGUUUGACCAGCAGCGGCAGCAUGUCCAGUAACAGCAGCAGCAAAAUGAAGCCACAGGUCAAGUCAUCCUCUUCCCUGGCCAAUCCAUCCGGAGGGAAGCCCAAUGUGUCUCCCUCACACUCAAGACCUUCGGGCAACUCAGAGAAACUCUCUUCGCCCUUGAAGCCCAUUCCGGGGACUCCACCAACAAAGGCGAAGUCUCCAGUCAGCUCGGGCUCAGGGAGCUCUCACAUGUCGGGGUCCAGUUCUAGCUCAAGCAUGAAGCAGUCCUCUGGUAUGGCAUCUUCCAGUUCCCUGAGCCAGAAGCCUCCAAACUCAUCUUCCUCCUCCUCCUCAUCAUCAUCCUCGUCAUCCUCAUCAUCUUCUGCUUCCUCGAUGUCUUCAUCUCAAAAUGCUCACGGAAAUUUAAUCAAAGGAAAGUCUCCCAGUCGGACCAAGAAGCCAUCUCUGACAGCAGUGAUUGAUAAACUGAAACAUGGUGUGGGUGGUGUUGGUGGUUCCAGUUCCGAAGAUGGUGCAGAUGGUCAAAUGGCAGCAUCAACGAUGUCGUCCACUCAUAACAUCCCAUCCAAACACAACAUGUCGCCAGUGGAUUACCAGGGAAAACGUGAGAAAAGCGACAAAGAAAGUAAAUCCAAGGUCUCGGUCUCAGGGGGUUCUGGUGACAGCGGGAAGAAAUCCUCAGACUCUAAGAAUGGUGGAGGAACGGGUGUGGCAAAAAUCAUCAUUAGCAAACAUGAUGGUGGUUCACCAAGCAUCAAGGCCAAGGUGACCUUGCAGAAACCGAAUGAUGGCAGUGGUGACGGCUUGAGGCCACAGAUAACUGGAGCAAAGAACUAUGGCUCACCCUUGUUCAGUGGUUCAACACCGAAACACGAACGCUGUUCCCCGAGUUACAGCAAGUCCCCUGCCUAUACCCCUCAAGGUGGUGAUAGUGGCAGUGAGUCGGGGUCGUCCUUUGCAGAGAAGUCCCACCAGAAUAGUCCCAGCUCAGAUGAUGAUGUCCGGCCGCUCCCCGAAUAUAGUUUGGAGAAGCAUAAAAAGCACAAAAAGGAGAAGAAGAAAGGGAAGGACAAGGAUCGGGACCGGGACCGAGACAGAGAGAAGAAAAAAUCUCACUCGAGCAUUAAGCCAGAAAGUUGGUCAAAGUCUCCUAUAACAACUGACCAAUCCUUGUCCAUGGCAGGGAGCACAUCCAUGAACUCCGAAAGGUCAUCCCGCCCCAGUCCAGCAUUUUUGAUCGGCGAUGAUGAUGACCUGAUGAAUGUGGCCCUGAUUGGUAACUGAAAUGAAACACAUUGUUGAUAAACCAAAAUAGUCAAUCAACAGUACUGUGAUUGUAUUCUGCUUCCAACUACGAGGUCCUUGGCUUUGUCCCGUUUGGUAGGUGCCUCGGUCACACAGAAAUAAUGUUCUAAGUUAACCAUUAUUUUUAAUGUCAGCAACCAGUUAUCAAUGGUGUAUAUGAAAUUUUCUGUACAUUUUUGAGUUGGUAGUCUAUGACAAGAUUUACAUGAACAUCCUCUUGUCUUCCUUUACAGAAGAAGGUUGGAUCAAAUCUAAGUUAAAAAGGUGUCCUUUGCGCAAGGUUUUCUUUGAAUUUCUUUAGCAGAGCCUAGAAUCUCCCAACCUGGCUCUAUCAUGACUGUGUUUGCUUGCCACAUUUACAGGUCAUUUUAUUAACCUAAAGCUAUUUUAAGAUCAAAAGAAGUUGUUCCUUUGCGUGUUAAAGCCUUUCGUAUUUUUCUUAAAGUCAAAAUAGCCUGUGUGCUUAAUUUUCUGGGACUCCCCAUAAAGAUAGAUUUUAUUUAACUAUUUGCUAGGCCCAGAUUCUUUUACAUAAAACCUAAUAUGCUUUUAGAUGCUAUUUUUAACUAUUUAUUAAUCUCUUAAUUUCAGAAUUCAAAUCAUUUUAACAGCUUCUAAAGCUUUGUUGAUCAAUUUUGAAGACAAAAUUUGUACAUUGCUUUAAAUGUCCCAGUUGUACUACAGUGCUGUUUUCUUUGAUUAUUUUUGUGAAAAGCAAGAAUACAUUUGUGUAAUUAAUUGUAUUGACCUUUUAAAAUUGAUAGUUCUGCUUGUUUGGAGAAUGUCUUUAUCACUUUUCUAUAGCCUCUGCCUCAACUGUAAGUUUGAGAAUGUGAUUUGCAAUUCCACUACCCCUCAGUGUCAUGCUGUGAGUUGGAUAAUGGAGUUUGCAUUUAAACCAUAUGUUUAAGCUAAAGGUAAUGUUGCUCUUCAAACAUCAAAAUUGUUCUCUUUGAUGCUUGUUUUAUUUUCCAUAAUUUUGUGUCCUCAGUAUGACCAUUGAAUCCAUAACUGUGAAGGUUUUCCCACUUUGCAUUAAUAACUGCUGAAUUAUGCUUAAUAGGCUUAAUAGAGACCUAGCAGACACCUAAAGAACCCUGAUCUGUAAGACAUUUUUUUUUACCUUCCAAGAGCUAAAGGAAAUUGAUACCCAAGUUGAAUAGCUUAUCACUGGGAAGCGAGAUUAUAUUCUGAUUUAGGUGAGGGUUCUCACCCACUGGGAGAGUCAGAUGGCCAGUGCAGUAAUGUGUUGAUUGGCAAUAUCAGCUCAAGACCAUAUAUUCAAGCCAUGAAUCCAUAUUGCUCAGUGGUUCAUAAUUAGUGACAGCAAGUACAUGAGCUGUUACUGUAUCCAGUAGUAAUUAAGAAAUACUGAGCAAUAAGUUUGUGAAACUGUACUUGGUAAAUCCAUUUAUUGAUUUCUUCACCCAGGCUUGAUCAUGACACAAGAUUCAUACGAACCCCCCCCCCCCCACCACCACCACCAAUUAUCUGAAUCAUUGUAUAGAUCAGAACUAUUUUAUAAUUAUGGUAUAUCACAUUUUAAUGGUCAUAUUUCCAAUAUUUUUACUUUGCUAGAGUAGCCUACUUGGUGCCUUGAGGUCAUUCUCCCAUUUAGACCACAAGACAUAGGAGCAGCAUUAGGCCACUUACCCAUCGAGUCUGCUCCGCCAUUUCAUCAUGGCUGAUUCAUUUCCCUCUCAGCCCCAUUCUCCUUGUAUCCUUUCACACCCUGACUAAUCAAGAACCUAUCAACCUCUGCCUUAAAUUCACCCAGUGACUUGGCCUCCAUAGCCACCUGUGGCAAAGAAUUCCACAGAUUCACCACCUCUGGCUAAAGCAAUUCCUCCUCAUCUCCAUUCUAAAUGGACAUCCCUCAAUUGAAGUUGCAUUCUCCCAUCCUAGAAUCCCCCACCAUUAGAAACAUCCACUCCAUUUAGGCCUUUCAACAUUCAGUAGGUUUCAAUGUGAUUUCCCCCCUCAUUCUUCUGAAUUGCAGCGAAUAAAGAUCCAGAGCCUUAUUUUGUUAAGCAGCCUCAUGUGCGGCACCUUGUCAAAAGACUUUUGAAAAUCCAAGUUCACAACAUCCACUGAUACUCCUUUGUCUAUCCUGCUUGUUAUUUCUUCAAAGAAUUCUAACAGAUUUGUCAGGCAAGAUUUUCCUAAGGAAACCAUGCUGACUUUGGCCUAUUUAUCAUGUGCCUCCAAAUGUCCCAAAACCACAUCCUUAACAAUUGACCCUAACAUCUACCAACCACUGAGGUCAGGCUAACUGGCCUGUAAUUUUCUUUCUUCUGCCUCCCUCCCUUUUUGAAGAGUUGAGUGAGAUUGUAUUUAUGUGUGCUUAAUUUUCUGGGACUCCCCAUAAAGAUAGAUUUUUGUUUAACUAUUUGAUCUAACUCUUUGCUUCAAAAAAAAUCCAUCAUACAUUGAAGACCAGUUAUAUAAAUUCUAUCGCAAUGGAAAUCACCGUUGGGGUAUUUAACUUAAAGUCAGCCAACAGUUUUCAUCUGGGCACAAAGUACAAGUUAUCUCCAUUAUUUUAAGGUAGGUUGUUGUGGUACUAAUGUCAAGUGAACUCUGAGUGUUUCUUCCCUUCACUUUUUGAAAUGUACACUUAUUAUACAGAACCAUACAAGGGGCAGCUAAUUGGCCCACAUAGGUCAAAAGCUGUUGAGCCUAAUAACACCCUCCAGCUCUCAAUCCAUAGGCUUUGAUAAUUGUGUAUUAAAUGCACACUCAGCUGCUUUUUAAAUGUGUUGAGUGUUUCUGCUUUCAGGCAGAGCUCCAUACCUUCCCCCAUUCUCUGGGUGAUUUUUUUUUCCCACCCGCAACACUAUAAUUUUUAUGUCAUUUACUUUAACCCCAUGCCCCCUUGUCUUGCCCUCACAUUUCUGUUUUCCCUACCACGGCCUGUAGUAUUUUAUUUUUAUUUUAUAUUAGCGAUACAGUGCAGAGUAGGUCCUUCAAGCCACACCAGCCCAGCAACCCCCAACUAACCCUAACCUAAUUACAGGAUCAUUUACAAUGACCAAUUCACCUAGCCAGUAGGUCUUUGGACUGUGGGAGGAAGCCAGAGCACCCAGGGGGAAACCCACGUAUUCCACAGCGAGGACGUACAUACACCUUACAGAGUGCUGCCAGAAUUAAACUCUGAACUUCAGAACACCCGGAGCCGUAAUAGUGCCUCACUAACUGCUACACUGCCAUGGUGUCCAUAAACUACCUUGACCAUCAGCUUGCUUAGCAGAGACAAAGAAUCCACCCCAUGUUCCCCCAGCUGUAGAUUUUGAAAAACACUUCCUUUGAGUGUGAAAAUUAGAAUAUACCUGUCUCAAUAAUCUUUUAUUGUGAAGAAAUAAUAGUAGUGGGAAUUCAACUAGCUGUCAUUGGGAAGUUUUUUUUAUUGAAGAUGACCAACCUUACUAAAACAGGCAGGGGUACAACAGCUCAUUGUUAAAUCAGUCAAAUUUGAAGGAACCUAUAUUGGUAGUAUUAAGAAAUCAAAAAUUAAUGGUAACUGGGGUGUGUUUCAAACAUUUAAAUUGGGUCCUGUUAUUAAUUACAGCUAAUAUUGAAUCGUAAACUUUUAAACAUUCUAGUAAUUCUCCUCUGUACUCUCUAUUUUUUUGACAUCUUUCCUAUAAUUCGGUGACCAGAACUGUACACAAUACUCCAAAUUUGACCUUACCAAUUCCUUGUACAAUUUUAACAUUACAUCCCAACUCCUAUAGUCAAUGGUCUGAUUUAUAAAGGCCAGCAUACCAAGAGCUUUCUUCACCACCCUAUCCACAUGAGAUUCCACCUUCAGGGAACUAUGCACAAUUAUUCCUAGAUCACUCUGUUCUACUGCAUUCCUCAAUGUCCUACCAUUUACCAUGUAUGUCCUAUUUUGAUUAGUCCUACCAAAAUGUAGCACCACACACUUAUAAACUCCAUCUGCCAUCUUUCAGCCCACUCUUCUAACUGGCCUAAAUCUCUCUGCAAGAUUUGAAAACCUACUUCAUUAUCCACAACGCCACCUAUCUUAAUAUCAUCUGCAUACUUACUAAUCCAAUUUACCACCCCAUCAUCCAGAUCAUUAAUGUAUAUAACAACAUUGGACCCAGUGCAGAUCCCUGAGGCAUACCACUAGUCACCGGCCUCCAACCUGACAAAUUCCUUGAAGUAACUUCACCAACAACUUUUAAAGUAACACACAAAAUGCUGGAGAAACUUAGCAGGUCUGGCAGCAUCUAUGGAAAGGAAUAAAUAGUCAACCAACUCCUAAACCAUCAGUUUCUUUGAAAUGCUUCCUGGGUGAUUGGCAGUGUGUUCUCUUCUGCAGUUUAUAGGUAUAAAAUCAAGAUUUGCUUAAAAUAACAAUCAUUUCUUUUUAUUUAUGAAUAUCAAGUAUUGAAACCAGCCUACCAUUCAAGGGGUAGGAGAAGAUCAUGAAGUGUUGAAGAAAAUAUUAGUAUCUUUAUUGUGUAUUAAAUGUUCUGUUAAUGUUGUCUCAAAUAUUAAUUACAUCUCUUCAGGUAAAACAGUCCUUAUUUCAGGUAAAAAAAAUUUAAAAAUCAAAAAUAUAUUUGGGGUUGAAAGGUUAGCUUAACUGGAUAUAUUGAUAUAUAUAUAUGUCCCUAGUGGUAGCCUGUGUGCCUGCCAAAUUGGCACAAGAUAAUGCUGCCAAUAAUCUAGAGGAUUAAGGUUAUAUCUUGAAUAAAUCUGAACAUCACAAAUUAGAAUCACAGGCUCGUUUUCUAACCUGUGCUAAGUUUAAAUGGUCAGACCAUGUCCAUUAGGCUAGAGGGACAAGUCUUCAGGUGCAGUUUAUCAUCACUGUACAGUGUUACUGGCCUAAAAAUCUGGUUGAGAAGGGAUAUUAUUGGUAUUUGGGCAGAUGGCCAAGCACAAGCUAUUGUACUCAUGUUCAGAGACCCAAAUGUGGUCUGGGCCCAAAUGAAGGAUGCUUGCUUCAAGGGCAUUUUAGAAGCCAUCCCAAUAACCAUUGGUAACUCCAGAGAAAACUAGGGUCAGAAAUUAACUUUGGAACUUCAUUCUAAAAUUUCUCUGUUCCAUCCUCCUGAUCAGGGAACCAUUUUGAAAUGUCCAGAGGAUGUUUGAGAUAAUUGGUUGCCUGUGUAUAUAAACAAAAGUCAAAAUAUUUGAUUUUGUUUCAAAUUAUUUCCACAAACAUUGUUUUUUUCAAUAAACUAUUUUUAUACGUAUUUUGGCAUAAAACCUUGACAUUUCUCUAUAUGGUGAUCUUGCAGUGUAUGGGCUAAGGACCCAGUGUUUUCCAAAGCAGAUGUAACUAAAAGAAAAUGGUUGACUGUCUUGUGCUUUGUGAAGUGUUCUUUGCUUUAAUAUACUCUCUAGCAUGUAAAUGAGUUGUGAAUUUCCUCUUAUUACCCAGGUUUGAUUUGUGCCAUACUUUUUUGCAAAAUGUAAAUUCCCAUCAUUUUCACAAUAGAGAAUGUUACUUUGCAAUGUUAUAAAUAAACAAUU